AUGUCAGAAGAAGGUGAGGUGGUUAAUGCGGCCACUCUCCCGUUGCCCCAGCUGCAGGAAAUCGUUAAACAAUACGAGCAAAAGAUUCAGUACAUAAAUGCAUCUCUUCAGCAACUAAGAAUGCUUCAAAGCACGUUUGCAUCGUCACGUGAGUGUUUGAAGCAAUUUUCGGACGAUAAUCGUGACAAAACAAUACUCGUACCCCUGACGUCCACCCUCUGUGUUCCCGGAAAACUUAUAGAACCCUCGCACGUCCUCGUCGAUAUUGGGACUGGUUACUUUGCAGAUAUGGAAGCCAAGGAUGCGGCGAAGCAUUUCACCAGACGUAUCGAAUUUAUAGAGAAGCAGAUUGGAAAAAUCGCGCCUGUAUUAGCCCAGAAGUCACAAGAACACAAAGGCUUGUCGGCGCUCCUCGAAGCAAAAAUGCAAGCAGCUAUUAAGGCCCAAACAGCCAAAUCUGCCACAUAG